AUGGGUUUAGGCAAAGAACAACGGGGCAUAACUAGCCUGAUAAAUGCCAAAGGAAAUCGUGGAAAGUAUGGUUUACGCUAUAAGCCCACUCAGCUCACCCCUACCUGUGAACCCAUUUUUAAACUGUUACGUAAGAACCAAGUGGUCCUAUGGAACAGUGACUGCCAAGAGGCUUUCGAGAAGAUCAAACAGAGUCUCGCGAAUCCCCCGGUACUCAUGCCACCUGUAACGGGAAGACCCCUUUUCCUGUACAUGACCGUGUUGGACGAGUCUAUGGGGUGCAUGUUGGGUCAGCAUGAUGAUUUUGGAAAAAAGGAACAGGCCAUCUACUAUCUAAGCAAGAAGUUUACUGCAUGUGAGAUGAAUUACUCAAUGCUGGAAAGGACGUGUUGUGCUCUGGUAUGGGCAUCACAUCGGCUUAGGCAGUACAUGCUCAGCCAUACCACGUGGCUUAUUUCCAAAAUGGAUCCCGUGAAAUACAUCUUUGAAAAACCGGCCCUCACGGGACGAAUCGCUAGGUGGCAGGUACUAUUAUCUGAAUUCGAUAUCGUUUACGUUACCCAAAAGGCGGUAAAGGGAAGUGCCUUAGCAGAUUAUUUGGCCCAGCAACCCCUCCAGGAUUAUCGGCCGAUGCAUCCCGAGUUCCCAGAUGAAGAUAUCAUGGCCCUGUUUGAAGAGAAGCGGACGCACGAGGACAUAGACAAAUGGAUUGUUUGCUUCGAUGGGGCGUCUAAUGCUUUGGGCCACGGAGUAGGGGCAGUCCUUGUAUCCCCGGAUGAUCAGUGUAUUCCUUUCACGGCUAGGCUAGGUUUUGAUUGUACCAACAAUAUGGCCGAGUACGAAGCAUGCGCCCUCGGGGUUCAGGCGGCCAUUGAUUUUGAUGUAAAACUACUCAAGGUGUAUGGAGACUCAGCUUUGGUCAUACGCCAGUUAAAAGGAGAAUGGGAAACUAGGGAUUCGAAGUUGAUACCCUAUCAAACUCACAUCUUGAGGUUAGCCAAGUACUUUGACGCAAUUUCCUUCCACCACAUACCUCGGGAAGAGAAUCAAAUGGCUGAUGCACUAGCCACCCUGGCAUCCAUGUUUCAACUUGCCCCACACGGAGAUCUGCCAUACAUCGAAUUCAAAUCUCAAGGCAGGCCGGCAUAUUGUUAUGCAAUAGAGGAAGAGCGGGAUGGGAAACCGUGGUAUUUCGACAUCAAGCAGUAUAUCGAGAACAAGGAAUACCCACCAGGGAUUUCUGACAAUGACAAAAGGACGUUGAGGAGAUUGGCUACUGGUUUCUUUGUAAGUGGUACCAUCCUGUACAAACGAAACCACGACAUGACCCUCCUACGAUGCAUGAGUCUCAGCCUCCAGAGUCAGGGCUUUACUUCUUUUCCGUGCCCUACUCCGGACCAGUUCAGGGCAAAGGUCGCGUGGCCUGGGGAUUGGCCUGAGGCCCAGGCAGGAGAGGCACCAGCAGGGGCACCAACAGAGGCUCUCGAUGAGGCAGAUGAGGCCCGCGAGGACGAAGAGAUGACCGAGGUCCUGAUCCAAGAGAAGGAGAGGACUGGUCGUCCCAUUUCAACUCGCAUUCCUACUGAGAUGGAGGAAGAAGAAGAAAAUGAAUCAUAA